UCAUGGGUGAUAUGAAGACCCCUGAUUUUGAUGAUCUCUUGGCUGCCUUUGACAUCCCUGAUGCAACCAGUCUGGAUGCCAAAGAGGCCAUACAUGGGAAUCAAGAUGAGGGAGAGGGACACCUGAAGAACACGGAUAUGUGUAUGGAUGCCACGGUUUUGAUCCCUCACCCAGUGCCUACAACCGAUGCCCCUGCUGUCAGUGUUAUAGUAAAGAACACUAGCCGCCAGAACUCCUAUGAAAAUCUCGUGGAGAAGGAGAGUUCUCAUUUGGGGCACCUUUUACAAAAUGGGUUCAAGAGUUCAGCAGGCUCACUGGAGGCACAUCCAUCCAGCUAUCCAAGGCUGGAUAACUCUUCUGUCAAUGGAGACUGCUCAAGACAUUCCAAGGAAAAGAUUCCUGUCCUCUACAAGAAUGAAAAAGUUUCCUCUCUGUCAGCAUCUAUGCCUCAGUUCAGCCCUAUAUCCAGUCCAGAAUCUGAAGACAUUCAUAGCAAUGGAAUCGAUGACCGUCCAAAAUCUGCAGAGGCCUCGUACUUCCCAUCUGAUUCACUCUUUACAUCCUCUCCUCUUCCUGUUUUAGGCCAUCAUGGAAAACCAGAUGCGUCCAGCUUGACAUGCAAUGAAAGACAUCCUGGUUCAAAAGGUUUGGAUGAUCUUGGGUAUGUUGGCUCACCUUUUCAAGAGGAUACAGUUGAACAAAUUUCUGAGACAAAAAGUGACAGCAUCCAAGAUUGUGAAACAAAUCUGUAUCCAACUCCUGAGAUGAACAUUUCUUCUUCCCGUCCAUGUGUCAAAGCACACAUUUCCAGAUUGUCAUCUUGCCUUGAUGCAUUAGCAGCCCUGAAUGCUAAAAAGAAUCCAGGUGGGCAAACUAAUUUAAAGGACUUCCCAGUUACCCCAAAAGAGACCAUGAAAAUUAGUCCAAAAAUAGCAAUAUCGCCAAGGAGCCCAAGAAGUCCUCUGGAGGUGGUGAAACGUUUCGCGAAACAGCCUGACAGCCCAAUGAGUAUAUGCAGUGACAGCAGUGGUAAAGCAUCUCCAGUUGUCACUGCUGGCUCGCCUCCAGCCAUCCCACGAGUCAGAAUAAAGACAAUCAAAACCUCAUCUGGAGAAAUCAAACGCACCGUCACGAGCAUAUUGCCAGAUUCUGAAACAGAAGAUCUAACAUCACUGUUUGGGUCAUCGCCAUCACAGUCCUCAGUUGAAGAUGCCUUCUCGAAAACAUUGCCUUUGUAUCAUUCAAAUGAUACUUUUUCAGAGGUCAUUUUUGAAGAUGGAAAGCAGGAAGCCUUAAAGACACCUUUAAUGGGGAGCAAAUCCAGCAUGAAAUCAGUGUGGAACUCUAAAAAACUUCAAACUCAAAAUAAUGUUCUUGCUCUAAAGACAACGCAAGGUGGCAGCAAGCAAAAGAAAGAUGCUUCUGCUCAGAUUGGCUCUUUUGCUAAUACAAACUACUUACCGAAGGCAUUACACUUAGCAAACUUAAAUCUUGUGCCACAUAGUGUAGCUGCCUCGGUUACAGCAAGAUCUUCCACUAAUAGACAUGAGCCCUCUCAUUUAUCAUCGUCAAUGGUGUGCAGUUCUGUACCAUUGGUGCAUCAAGUUAAAAAUGUGUCUCCAAACACACGAGCUGUUGUUCCAAAUACUGCUGCUGGAACUUUAAACAGACUGUUGAAUUACUCAAACCCAGUUCCAACAUAUGUUCCUGACCUGAGUCCACCACCAGGCACCAAUAUCAAGCUCCCACUACAAGGCUAUUGCUGCCUAGAAUGUGGAGACUCGUUCGGGCUGGAAAAGAGUCUUGCUUACCAUUACAGCCGUAGGAGUGUGCAUAUUGAAGUCGCGUGCACCCACUGCUCCAAAACAUUGGUGUUUUUUAACAAAUGUGCUCUCCUGGCACACGCACGAGAUCACAAGAACAAAGGCAUGGUGAUGCAGUGCACUCAAUUGUUUAUGAAGCCCAUUGCUGUUGACCAGAUGUUGGCGCCCACCAAGCCUAAGCAGUCUGUAAAUCAGAUACAUUGUGGGAACACCACCUCAGAGUCGGCCAAAAGCCAAGUGGUAUUGCCACUUUAUCCUGACAAAGUUAUUAAACAUGGAUUCAAAUGUCUGGACUGUAAUAAACAGAUGUCAGACUACACGGCACUUGCGGGUCACUAUCAGAGAUCAACGGUGGCUGAGGGUCUGAUGUGCAAGGUUUGCUCAGUGUUGCUACCCAACAAGUGCAGCUACAGGGCCCACCAGCGCAUUCACUCACACAAAUCUCCUUAUUGCUGUCCUGAAUGUGGGGCACUCAGUCGCUCAGUGGACAUCCAGAAGCAUGUGAAAGAGAAUUGUCUCCACUAUGCCCGUAGAAUUGGGUACUCGUGUCUGCAUUGUGAAAUGCUUUUCAUGUCCUUGUCCAUCUUGAAGAGUCACAUUGAAGAGAAGCAUUGUGAGGUCUUCUAUAAGUGCACUAACUGUCCUGUAGCCUUCAGAUCUUCUGAUGGCUGUCUGAUGCAUGUAAAAAACAAGCAUGGUGGCAGUGAACCCAGACAUCAGGUGAUCUACAAGUGUUCCUGUGAAACAGUCUUUAAGAGGAAGCAGUUGUUGUAUCAACAUUUUAAUCAUCGUAUAUGUGUGUUCAAGUGUCCAAAUUGCACUUCAUUCUUCCCAGAGAAACUACUUUUGGUGCAUCAUUUCAAGACUGUUCAUGGUGGAGUUUUCAGAGGUGAAGCAGAACAAAGCCCCAAAAAGACAGAGACAUCAACUUUGUCCGACAAAAUGUCACCACAAAACCUCCAACCAAGGUUGACCAAACCAGCUAAUGAGGCCUGCAUGAAGGGAAGAGAGAGUUUUGCUGCACAGAACUCAAGUGCUGGAGUUAGUCUGAAGAACGCUGGUUGGACCUGUGGAGAGUGCCUCCUGUGGGUCUCUGACAGAGAGACCUAUGUCAAUCACAUGAAGACCAGCCAUGGCAAGUUGGUAAAAAGGCAUCCAUGUCGACUAUGUGAAAUGUCCUUCAAUUCACCCUUGAGUCUUAAACGACACCUUCGCAGUGACCACGAUGGGAGAAAGAAAGUUAACACAUGCUGGUACUGCACAACUGAGAGGAUGUCAUUCACUAAACACUCAAUGCUGAAGAAACACAUCAGCUUGAUGCAUGGAAUCAAGAACCCAGAUUUCAAGCAGAUGGCAAAGCUAGCAUCUCAGGAAGUGGUCAAACCCACAAGCGAGAAACGGAAAAGAAGAGCAGAGGGGGCUCAUGGAGCAGCAGGAAACAAGGAAUCAUCAUGCAGCAUCCCUGGCAAGCGACUUAAGCCACUUUAUCGCUGUGCCAAAUGUGGCUUUACCUCUGAAGACAAGGUCCAGUUUCAGGAGCACUUACCUCAACACAGAACCGACAGUGACGCACCCCAGUGCCAGCACUGCGGCCUUUGUUUCACCUCUCAGUUAGCACUCAGCAGACACAUCAUUAUUGUACACAAGGUCAAAGAACCGGAGAAGCGUGAGGACUUUAUCAAUGCGGACACGGGGACAGGACAAAAACACUCAUCAGACUUGAGCGAUGAAACCACACCUCUUUCAGGAAAAAAGACUGGCCUUUCCACAGAGGACGAGCAAAGCAAACAGGCGUCAUAA